CCGCGUUUCGCUCACCUGUUACACCUGUAUUACAGCGCUGUGCUGUAGGUGCGACUCCAGCUCUGCCGGUGCACCUGUUGCCUUAUUGUGCCAUGACCGAGGAGCUCAUAACGUGCGACCUAGCCAGCUCGUCUUCAUCGGGUGACUCGGAGGAGACUUUAAACUGUGUGAAAACGGGGGGGAUGGAUUGUGAGGAGCCUAUUUUCUCCGCGUUGAGCGGCGAUGUGAAGCAGCAGGCGGGGGACGCGACCUCCCCGACCGCUGGGACUACCUCCGACACAGAGUCUGGGAUCUUCUCUGUUGAACGUGAGCUCUGUGUGGCGCAUGAGUCCGAGCUAGAAUGGUUCUGUGGAACCGAGCAGAAACUCAUCUGCUGUCACUGCGCCACCGUGGGCCCCUGCCAAGGACACACUGUGACCCCACUGGCCACCAGAGUAACCGCAGUCAGGAAUGAACUGGUGGAUGUGUGUGAGAAAAUACAGCUGCAGGCACUGAGGAUUGAAAAGUUUAUCAACCAGACACUGACAGCUAAAGAGCAAAAGCUUCAGACAGCGGCAAGCAGGGCAAGGGAGCGUGUGCUGGCUCAGGUCAGCGCAGCACGCGAAGCCCUGGAGGAGGAGGAGCAGCGUCUCUUGGAGGAGGUGCAGAGGGAGGAGGAGCGGGUGGAGCAGUGUCUCCUCACCCAGAGAGCCCACUGGAGCCAGGCUUUGGAGAGUCUUUCGCAAACACGCUCCCACCUGGUGCACACGCUGACAGACAUGCAGGACGCACAGCUGGUGACUAGUGUCCAGAAGAUAGCUGAAAGGGUGGAGGCAGCAGAGGGGGUUGGGGAGCCCUGUGACACAGACCAGCUCAACCUGAACCCAGGCUGCAGUGACAGCAAGCUGCUGAGAGGUCUGUGGGCCACUGCAGUACUGUUGGGCCCAAACGCUUCCGGAUCGUCUUCUUUAAAGUUUGAUGAGCGCACAGUGAGCCCUCUCCUGUCCCUGUCUGAUGACUUCUGCACUUUGACUUUCCUACACAAAAAAGCUCGCCAGUCCCCGCAGUACGACCCAGCACGAUUCGACUGUUUGCCCAACGCACUGGGUUCACUGUCCAUGUCCUCUGGCACCCACAGCUGGGUGGUGGGGGUAGGCCAGAGUGCUGCCUUUAAGAUUGGGGUCUGCUACUCCUCUCUGGAGCGCAAAGGCUCUGGGAACGAGGCCCGACUGGGCAACAACAGUCAGUCUUGGGUGCUGUCCCACUACGAUGGGGACUAUUCCUUUUGCCACGGGGGGAAUAAGGUGCCCCUGCAGGUCGCAAGGAAACCCCAAAAGAUCGGCCUGCUGCUGGACUGGCCGAGUCAGACGCUGGUGUUUUACGAGCUGGACUCCAUUGCAGUGCUGUACUCUGUCACACAUCCCUUCAGUGCCCCGCUGCUGCCAGCGUGUGCCGUGGCUGACCGCAGCAUCACCAUCCUGCACUGACACUGCCAGAACACUAUACAUACUGUAUAAACUGUAUUUAUAUUGCACUUUUCUUACAAGGUGCAUUACAAAAAGAAAUAAAACAAACAAGGCAGAUACAAUGAGAAAAAGGCCAAAGAACAUGAGCAGAGGCAUUAAAGACAAUAAAGUGAAUAAGAUCAAAUAGGAGUAAAAACAUAUAUUAAACCUUAACAUGUGAAGCAAUGCCUAUGGGAGACCCUACAGAUCCUCCAUCUAUUUAUUCUAUUAGUAGAUACUGAUUCUUUUUGUUACUGUUUGUAAUGAUUUUCUAGAUUUCAGUUUCUUUGUCUUUUUAUAUAGUAGUGCUAAAACCCUAAAACAGUAUUUUGUAUGACUGAUAAUGAUUGUUUUUUAUUCAAUGAAAUUUGCUGUUUAUUUUUAAGAUGACUGUUUUUAUCAUCAGGUUGAAUCGUGUAAUGGAGUUUCUCUAAGACUCUUCAUAGAAAAUACUGGUUGAUUGAGGACUAUUAAAUGGUGUGUGUCAAAGAAACUCACUACAGAUCAUUUUGCAUUGUUAUAUGCUCAGUAAACCAAUCAUUAACGUACAGGACUGUUGUAUUUGAUGACUCUGCAAUAGACAGUCCAAAGAAUACACAAGGUAUAUUUUUGCAAUUUCCUUUGCUAUAACAUCUUUUUACAGCUGAAAAGUAAUGAGUUUGUGCUUUUACAGUAUGUCACAGCAGAGUUUUGUUUUGUGUGCAUUUGGCAAUGUAGUACAGUACAAUAAUACCAUUUGCAUUGCAUUAUAUGUAUGAUAUGUCAACGGAAUGAAUGAACUCAAAAACAGUUAUCAAUCUUGCUCAGAAUUCAGUAAAACUAUAUAAAAUUUAGCAAAGUA